CUAUUUAUUGUUUAACGUUGCGUACCUAAUUAUCGUUAUGUUUUAAAAGAUGUAUUGCAAAUUGUUUGUUGCAUUUUCGAUUUGCUAAGCUGUUUUUUUUAUUUUGCUUUUGAAUUUACAUGAUAAUUUUUCAAAAUAGUAAUAUCGCUGCUUAAUAUUAAAUGCGAAACUCUGAAUUGGCUUGGAAAUCUGAAAAAUGAAGGUCAAUAUUGAUGGUCUAUUGGUGUAUUUUCCAUAUGAUUUCAUCUAUCCAGAGCAAUAUUCCUAUAUGCUUGAGUUGAAACGAAGUCUUGAUGCUAAGGGCCAUGGACUUUUAGAGAUGCCUUCUGGCACUGGAAAAACACUCUCCCUGCUAUCUCUGAUUGUUGCUUAUCAUAAGGCCCAUCCUGCCGAAGUGACCAAAUUAGUUUAUUGCUCUCGAACAAUUCCGGAAAUUGAAAAGGUUCUUCAGGAACUGCGCCGUUUACUUACUUACAUUGAGAAAGAAACAGGCCAAGUCAAUAAAAUUGUAGGCUUAUGUUUGAGUUCUCGAAAAAAUCUCUGCUGCCAUCCACAGGUCAGCAGAGAAAAGGAUGGAAGAAUAGUUGAUGGCAAAUGCUUUGCUUUAACAGCUUCUCAUAAGCGCAGUAUGGCUGCUGUUGAUCCAAAUGUAGAUAUUUGUGCCUACUUUGAGGCUUUUGAUAGAAAUGGAAAAGAAUUUCCUCUACCGGCUGGCGUAUAUGAUUUGGAUGAUUUGAAGGAUUAUGGGAAGAAAAACGGAUGGUGCCCAUAUUUUUUGGCUCGACAUGCUAUCACCCAAGCUACCAUUGUUGUGUACAGUUACCACUACUUAUUAGACCCAAAAAUUGCUGAUUUAGUUUCAAAAGAAAUUUCUAAAUCAUCAGUUGUAGUUUUUGACGAGGCACAUAACAUAGACAGUGUUUGUAUUGAUUCUAUGAGUGUAGAUAUAACAAAAAGAACUAUUGAGAGGAGUCAUCAUGGCAUUCAAAUACUGGAAAAAACUGUAAAUAAAAUUAAAGAAACUGAUGCUAAAAAAUUAAAAGAAGAAUAUCAAAGAAUGGUUCAAGGGCUAAAAGAUGUAGGCAUCGCCAGAGAAACCGAUAUUGUUUUAUCCAAUCCAGUUCUUCCAGAUGAAAUCCUCAAUGAGGCAAUACCUGGGAACAUUAGAAGUGCUGAGCAUUUCAUUGCAUUUCUGAAGAGGUUUUUGGAGUAUGUUAAAAUGAGAAUGCGAGUGCAGCAUGUUGUACAAGAAAGUCCUGCUGCCUUUUUGAAGGAUAUUUUGCAGAAGGUAUGCAUUGAAAGGAAACCUUUGAGGUUUUGUGCUGAAAGACUUCGAUCGUUAGUGAGAACACUGGAAAUUACCGAGUUGAAUGACAUGUCUUCACUCACAUCACUCUGCAAUUUUGCUACUCUUGCAAGCACUUACAUGAAAGGUUUUACAAUUAUUAUUGAGCCUUUUGAUGACCGUACACCAUCUGUGCCAAAUCCAAUUCUGCAUUUUAGCUGUAUGGAUGCAUCAGUGGCUAUUAGACCUGUGUUUCAAAGAUUUCAAUCUGUUAUCAUUACUUCAGGGACUCUUUCUCCCUUGGAUAUGUACCCAAAAAUUUUGGAUUUUAGGCCUGUUAUAAUGGCUUCUUUUACUAUGACACUAGCUAGACCAUGUCUUUGCCCAAUGAUCGUUAGUAAAGGAAAUGAUCAAGUUUCUAUGUCAUCGAAAUUUGAAACCAGAGAUGAUAUAGCUGUAAUCCGUAACUAUGGUAAUCUACUUGUUGAUAUGUGUGGUAUUGUACCAGAUGGCAUUGUUGGCUUUUUCACAAGUUAUACUUACAUGGAAGCGGUUGUAGCAGCUUGGUAUGAACAGGGUAUCAUAGAUAACAUUUUGAAAAAGAAAUUGCUAUUUUUGGAAACUCAAGAUUCUGGAGAAACGAGUCUGGCUCUCCUAAAUUAUGUGAAGGCUUGUGAAAAUGGGAGAGGUGCGGUUUUACUUUCUGUUGCCAGAGGGAAAGUAUCUGAAGGAGUUGAUUUUGAUCAUCAUCUUGGAAGAUGUGUCAUCAUGUUUGGAAUACCUUUCGUUUACACUCAAAGUCGAAUAUUGAAGUCUCGUCUUGAGUACCUGAGAGAUCAAUUUCAAAUUAGAGAAAGUGAUUUUCUUACUUUUGAUGCCUUGAGGCAUGCUUCUCAAUGUGUUGGACGGGCCAUCAGAGGGAAAACUGACUACGGUAUCAUGAUUUUUGCGGACAAACCCAAGAUAUGUUCUUCUUUGCCUCGCAUACGUGACCCAGAUUUAGUACAAGAAUUAAAACGUCGAGGAAUUGAACUAACAGACAUAGGUCCAGAAACUCCUCCUAUUGACAUGCUCAUCGGUGCUGACUUUCUGGGAGGAAUAUUAACAGGAAGAAUAGAAGUUCUGCCAUCUGGUAUAACAGCCGUAGAAACGAAACUCGGAUGGAGUGUUUUAGGUCCAGGAAAGAAGAGCAGCAUAAAUAUGGUAUCGCUAUGUAUGCAUCACUCAGAGAUACACAAAAUUUGGGACUUGGAAUCUUUGGGUAUAACAGAUCCCACUGAGAGGAAAACAACUAAGGAGCUAGAUGAAGAAACGGUCACAUUUUUUCAAGAGACAAUUCGGAAAACUGGAAACAGGUAUGAGGUGGCUCUUCCAUGGACAUCCUCACUUGCAUGA